AUGUCGGAGUGGGACGGAAGGGAUGGGGCGGAGAAGCUGGCGCCACCCCGUCCGUCCUUGGAAGAGAUCUUGCGACUGGCAGAUCGUCCUGAAGCAGUUGAAAGUCGUCUCCGUUUGCUGCAAAAGCAACGUGAUCGUUUUCAAAAGCUGUUGAGAGGACUGGCUGGAGUGGCUGCUUCUACUUUCGAUCUGAUAGAGGACUGUUACAUUGGAGGGUCAUUUGGACGUGGCACGGCUCUGAACUACCACUUUGAUGCUGAUCUCGUGGUUCUCAUUGAAGGGUUCGAACCUCGUUAUGCCGAGCAAAUCCAAGAAAUAUUAUUGGAUGCCCUCGAAGGUAACUUUCGCCGUGGUGUUGAGUGGAGAGGUCAAACUCCCUAUACCUUGAAGCUCGGUGUGGGGAAGUCAGCCAGCGGGGACUUUGCCACUGUGGAUAUGAUCACCACUGGAGAGCCACCAGAUUAUCACAUGGAUUAUGACGAGAAGAGGUACUACUCUGGUGCAGAUUCAUCGCGUGUGGAUGAACAGAUCAUGAACUUUGCUGUGAAGCAUCGAGAGUUCCGUCCCCUGGUGCUGCUGGUGAAGCACUGGAGAAAUCUGGGGCUUGACAGAUUUCCAGCUGACAUCAGAAGCAUCACAUCAUACCAUCUGGAACUUCUUUGCAUGAAGGUGAUUCGAGAGAGUGAGUCCAAGAGCCUACGAGACCUUUUCCGGGAGUUUUUGGAAUUGGUGGCUUGUAGCAAUAACAGACUCCUGGUCAAGAACCUGAACCAGUACCAUGGUGCCCUUCAAAUGAAAGGCAAAGGCAUGAAUAUCCUGGCAGCUUAUGCAAACGAGACCUUGAACAUGUACCACAGACCCCACGCUCAGCUCAUGUCGGAGUGGGACGGAAGGGAUGGGGCGGAGAAGCUGGCGCCACCCCGUCCGUCCUUGGAAGAGAUCUUGCGACUGGCAGAUCGUCCUGAAGCAGUUGAAAGUCGUCUCCGUUUGCUGCAAAAGCAACGUGAUCGUUUUCAAAAGCUGUUGAGAGGAGUGGCUGGAGUGGCUGCUUCUACUUUCGAUCUGAUAGAGGACUGUUACAUUGGAGGGUCAUUUGGACGUGGCACGGCUCUGAACUACCACUUUGAUGCUGAUCUCGUGGUUCUCAUUGAAGGGUUCGAACCUCGUUAUGCCGAGCAAAUCCAAGAAAUAUUAUUGGAUGCCCUCGAAGGUAACUUUCGCCGUGGUGUUGAGUGGAGAGGUCAAACUCCCUAUACCUUGAAGCUCGGUGUGGGGAAGUCAGCCAGCGGGGACUUUGCCACUGUGGAUAUGAUCACCACUGGAGAGCCACCAGAUUAUCACAUGGAUUAUGACGAGAAGAGGUACUACUCUGGUGCAGAUUCAUCGCGUGUGGAUGAACAGAUCAUGAACUUUGCUGUGAAGCAUCGAGAGUUCCGUCCCCUGGUGCUGCUGGUGAAGCACUGGAGAAAUCUGGGGCUUGACAGAUUUCCAGCUGACAUCAGAAUAAGCAUCACAUCAUACCAUCUGGAACUUCUUUGCAUGAAGGUGAUUCGAGAGAGUGAGUCCAAGAGCCUACGAGACCUUUUCCGGGAGUUUUUGGAAUUGGUGGCUUGUAGCAAUAACAGACUCCUGGUCAAGAACCUGAACCAGUACCAUGGUGCCCUUCAAAUGAAAGGCAAAGGCAUGAAUAUCCUGGCAGCUUAUGCAAACGAGACCUUGAACGUGUACCACAGGCACAUCCGUCCUGGCAACACGGCUGCAUGCCCUUGCUGUGGAGAGCGUCGUUUCCUUAGUGCCAUCGGAGCAGUGGCACAUCUGGAGUCAGGGAACUGUUCGAACUGCCGCGGGCAAGAGAAAGCUCAGCGCCAGAUCUUGAAUGUCGUGAGCCAGCACAAGCAAACGCAGAAAUUUCUGCGGCCGAUGCUUACAGAUGGAUAUGGAAAUGCUUAUGGAGACAGCAAUCCUUAUCAAUGCACCUCCUGUGACAGGACAUUUGCGAAAUUGAGCAGCCUGAUGGCACACAGACAGGACAGGCACGGGCAGGUCUUGCGCGCUCUCGCAUUCUGA